CUAUCAUCUGAGAUUAAAAGAUGCAGUGGCCUACUCGAUUUUCGUUAUUUUUCCUUGUUCUUUUCCUUCAGGGCUUUUCAGCCCUGGGGCAACAGUUCUGGUCUGACAGAGAUUCGGCAAUGGCUAUGACAAACGGUUUUGUAGGAUGUCUGAAGCAGAGCGGAUAUUUCUCUUCCGAACAGAUGGACGAUCUGGAUCUCAUCAUAGACACUACUGCCAUGCAAUUGGACAAAAUGGGUAAUAGAGUGUCAGAACACAAACUUAAAGCAUUGACGAUGGGCAUGGCUGGAUCCAUGGCUGAAACAGUAGUAUCUUCGCCGUACGGAGUUUCCCCAGCCUUGAUGAAUAGCAUCGACAGCUGUUUGACAGGAUCAAUGCUACAAGUUACAGGAAAUAUUGACCAAACAUUCAGAACUGAACUACUACAAAUUAUUACCUUAAUUGCCCAGGAUGAAGGGAAUUCGGCUUCUUCUUCUGCAAGCGCAUCAGCAGGCGCAUCAGCAACCAGUUACGGUGGAUCUGCAGGAGUAGGAAACGUUGUAAGUGGUUACACAUCAACGACAAGCACAAGUUCCGCAAGUAGUUCAUCUCAAGCAAAUGCAGCAGUUACAAGCACGGCAGCAAGAACCACAGGAAGUUAUGGAGGAGCAGCUGGAGCAGGAGCAGCGGCUGGUGCCGGAGCUGGAGGAGCAGGCGGAUAUGGUGGUGGAUAUGGAGGCGGAGCUGGAGCCGGUGCAGGAGCAGGAACUGGUGCCGGAGUCGGUGGAGCAGGCGGAUAUGGACGAGGAGCUGGUUUAGGAGCUGGUGCAGGUGCAGGAGCAGGAGCUGCAGCAGCGGCUAGUGCUGGAGCUGGAGGAGCAGACGGAUAUGGCGGUGGCUAUGGAGGCGGAGCUGGAGCCGGUGCAGGAGCAGGAGCAGGAGCUGGUGCAGGAACCGGUACCGCAGGUGGAUAUGGACGAGGAGCUGGCGCAGGUGCAGGAGCAGGCGCUGCAGCAGCGGCUGGUGCCGGAGCCGGUGGAGCAGGUGGAUAUGGACGAGGAGCUGGUGCAAGUGCAGGAGCAGGCGCUGCAGCAGCGGCUGGUGCUGGAGCUGGAGGAGCAGGCGGAUAUGGCGGUGGAUACGGAGGCGGAGCUGGAGCCGGUGUAGGAGCAGGCGCUGCUGCAGGAGCCGGUGCCGGAGCAGGCGGAUAUGGACGAGGAGCUGGUCAAGGAGCUGGUGCAGGUGCAGGAGCAGGCGCUGGAGCAGCGGCUGGUGCUGGAGCUGGUGGAGCCGGCGGAUAUGGUGCAGGAUACGGUGGAGGAGCAGGAGCAGGCGCUGCAGCAGCGGCUGGUGCUGGAGCUGGUGGAGCAGGCGGAUUAGGUGGAGGAUACGGAGGCGGAGCUGGAGCCGGAGCCGGUGGAUACGGAAGAGGAGCUGGCGCAGGGGCAGGCGCUGCAGCAGCGGCGGGUGCUGGAACUGGUGGAGCAGGCGGAUAUGGUGGUGGAUACGGAGGCGGAGCUGGAGCCGGUGCAGGAGCAGGAGCUGCUGCAGGAGCCGGAGGAGCAGGCGGAUAUGGUGGUGGAUAUGGAGGAGGAGCUGGAGCCGGUGCAGGAGCAGCAGCUGGUGCCGGUGCCGGUGGAGCAGGUGGAUAUGGACAAGGAGCUGGUGCCGGAGCCGGUGUAGCAGGUGGAUAUGGACGAGGAGCUGGGGCAGGUGCAGGAGCAGGCGCUGCAGCAGCGGCUGGUGCUGGAGCUGGAGGAGCAGGCGGAUAUGGUGGUGGAUACGGAGGCAGAGCUGGAGCCGGAGCAGGAGCAGCAGCUGGUGCCGGUGCCGGUGGAGCAGGUGGAUAUGGACAAGGAGCUGGUGCCGGAGCCGGUGGAUCAGGCGGAUAUGGACGAGGAGCUGGAGCCGAUGCAGGAGCAGGCGCUGCUGCAGGAGGCGGUGCCGGAGCUGGUGGAGCAGGUGGAUAUGGACGAGGAGCUGGUGCAGGUGCAGGAGCAGGCGCUGCAGCAGCGGCUGGUGCUGGAGCUGGAGGAUCAGGCGGAUAUGGUGGUGGAUACGGAAGAGGAGCUGGAGCCGGUGCAGGAGCAGGCGCUGCUGCAGGAGCCGGAGCCGGUGCCGGAGCAGGUGGAGCAGGCGGAUAUGGACGAGGAGCUGGUGCAGGUGCAGGAGCAGGCGCUGCAGCAGCGGCUGGUGCUGGAGCUGGAGGAGCAGGCGGAUAUGGUGGUUUAUAUGGACGAGGAGCUGGAGCCGGUGCAGGAGCAGCGGCUGGUGCCGGAGCAGGUGGAGCAGGCGGAUAUGGACAAGGAGCUGGUGCAGGUGCAGGAGCAGGCGCUGCAGCAGCGGCUGGUGCUGGAGCUGGAGGAGCAGGCGGAUAUGGUGGUGGAUACGGAGGCGGAGCUGGAGCCGGUGCAGGAGCAGCAGCUGGUGCCGGUGCCGGUGGAGCAGUUGGAUAUGGACAAGGAGCUGGUGCCGGAGCCGGUGGAUCAGGUGGAUACGGACAAGGAGCUGGUGCAGGAGCAGGAGCCGGUGCCGGAGCAGGUGGAGCAGGUGGAUAUGGACGAGGAGCUGGUGCAGGUGCAGGAGCAGGCGCUGCAGCAGCGGCUGGUGCUGGAGCUGGAGGAGCAGGCGGAUAUGGUGGUGGAUACGGAGGCGGAGCUGGAGCCGGUGCAGGAGCAGCGGCUGGUGCCGGAGCUGGUGGAGCAGGUGGAUAUGGACGAGGAGCUGGUGCAGGUGCAGGAGCAGGCGCUGCAGCAGCGGCUGGUGCUGGAGCUGGAGGAUCAGGCGGAUAUGGUGGUGGAUACGGAAGAGGAGCUGGAGCCGGUGCAGGGGCAGGCGCUGCUGCAGGAGCCGGUGCCGGAGCAGGUGGAGCAGGCGGAUAUGGACAAGGAGCUGGUGCAGGUGCAGGAGCAGGCGCUGCAGCAGCGGCUGGUGCUGGAGCUGGAGGAGCAGGCGGAUAUGGUGGUUUAUAUGGACGAGGAGCUGGAGCCGGUGCAGGAGCAGCGGCUGGUGCCGGAGCUGGUGGAGCAGGUGGAUAUGGACGAGGAGCUGGUGCAGGUGCCGGAGCAGGCGCUGCAGCAGCGGCUGGUGCUGGAGCUGGAGGAGCUGGCGGAUAUGGUGCUUUAUAUGGACGAGGAGCUGGAGCCGGUGCAGGAGCAGGUGGAGCAGGCGGAUAUGGACAAGGAGCUGGUGCAGGUGCAGGAGCAGGCGCUGCAGCAGCGGCUGGUGCUGGAGCUGGAGGAGCAGGCGGAUAUGGUGGUGGAUACGGAGGCGGAGCUGGUGCCGGUGCAGGAGCAGCAGCUGGUGCCGGUGCCAGUGGAGCAGUUGGAUAUGGACAAGGAGCUGGUGCCGGAGCCGGUGGAUCAGGUGGAUACGGACAAGGAGCUGGUGCAGGAGCAGGAGCCGGUGCCGGAGCAGGUGGAGCAGGCGGAUAUGGACAAGGAGCUGGUGCAGGUGCAGGAGCAGGCGCUGCAGCAGCGGCUGGUGCUGGAGCUGGAGCUGGAGGAGCAGGCGGAUAUGGUGGUGGAUAUGGGGGUGGAGCUGGAGCCGGUGCAGGAGCAGCGGCUGGUGCCGGUGCCGGUGCCGGUGGAGCAAGUGGAUAUGGACUAGGAGCUGGCGCAGGUGCAGGAGCAGGCGCUGCAGCAGCGGCUGGUGCAGGAGCUGGAGGUGCAGGCGGAUAUGGUGGUGGAUACGGAGGCGGAGCCGGUGCAGGAACAGGAGCUGGUGCAGGAACCGGAGGCGCAGGUGGAUAUGGACGAGGAGCUGGUGCAGGUGCAGGAGCAGGCGCUGCAGCAGCGGCUGGUGCUGGAGCUGGAGGUGCAGGCGGAUAUGGAGCUGGUGGAUAUGGAGGAACUAGUCUUGGAAUUGGCGCUGGAGGAGCUGGCGGGUAUGGUGCUGGUGCUGGUGCUGGUGCCGGAGCAGGAUCAGGAAGUAUUGGAGGAUAUGGUGGUGGCUAUGGAGCAGGAAUUGGAGCAGGAACAGGCAGCGCGGCAGGAGAUGCGUUCGCACAGGCCUUUAGUCAGAAUAUGCUAUCAUCUGGUGUUAUAACCUCUGAAACAAUAACUACCUCUUCUGCCCAAGCCGCCGCUUCUACGAUGGCGACAACUGCCGCGAGAGGCAUGGGUUUGGAUGACGCUACAGCUAAUUACUUGUCGAACACAUUGGCCAGUAUGGCUGCUUCUAUGGCACAAGCUUCGAGAAAUCAGGCUGAUUUUAUUCAAUCGAUGUCUUACGCAAUGGGCAAACUUUUAUCUGAUGCCGGUGCAAUUACUGAAAGCUCCGCUUCGUCAGCAGCAUCAAGUGCAUCUUCCACCGUAACCGAAACUAUUAGAACAUAUGGGCCCACUUCUAUAUUCAGUGGUCCUGCUGGUGACAGGGGAUACGGUUCAGGAACAGGAGCCGGUGCAGGUGCAGGAGCAGGAACUCGUGGAGCAGGUGGAUAUGGACGAGGAGCAGGUGCAGGAACUGGAGGUUCUGGUGGAUACGAUGGAGGAUAUGGAGGCGGAGCUGGUGCAGGUGCAGGUGCAGGAGCAGGUGCUGGAGCUGGUGGAGCAGGUGGAUAUGGACGAGGAGCUGGUGCAGGUGCAGGAGCAGGCGCUGCAGCAGCGGCUGGUGCUGGAGCUGAAGGAGCAGGUGGAUAUCGUGGAGGAUACGGAGGCGGAGCUGGAGCCGGUGCAGGAGCAGCGGCUGGAGCUGGUGCCGGUGCAGGUGGAGUAGGCGGAUAUGGACGAGGAGCUGGUGCAGGUGCAGGAGCAGGUGGAGCAGGCGGAUAUGGACGAGGAGCUGGUGCAGGUGCAGGAGCAGGCGUUGCUGCAGCGGCCGGUGCUGGAUCUGGAGGAGCAGGCGGAUAUGGUGGAGGAUACGGAGGUGGAGCAGGAGCAGGUGCAGGAGCAGGCGCUGCUGCAGGAGCAGGCGCUGCUGCAGGAGCAGGCGCUGCUGCAGGAGCCGGUACCGGAGCAGGUGGAGCAGGCGGAUAUGGACUAGGUGCAGGUGCAGGAGCAGGCGCUGCAGCAGCGGCUGGUGCUGGAGCUGGAGGAGCUGGCGGAUAUGGUGGAGGAUAUGGAGGUGGAGCUGGAGCAGGUGGAGCAAGCGGAUACGGACGAGGAGCUGGUGCAGGUGCAGGAGCAGGCGCUGCAGCAGCGGCUGGUGCUGGAGCUGGAGGAGCAGGCGGAUAUGGUGGAGGAUACGGAGGCGGAGCUGGAGCCGGAGCAGGCGCUGCUGCAGCGGCUGGUGCUGGAGCUGGAGGAGCAGGCGGAUAUGGUGGAGGAUACGGAGGCGGAGCUGGAGCCGGUGCAGGAGCUGGUGCUGGUGCAGGAGCAGCAGCAGCGGCUGGUGCUGGAGCUGGAGGAGCAGGUGGAUAUGGUGGAGGAUACGGAGGCGGAUACGGAGGCGGAGCCGGUGCAAGAGCAGGCGCUGGUGCUGGAGCUGGAGGAGCAGGCGGAUAUGGACGUGGAGCUGGUGCAGGUGCAGGAGCAGGCGCUGCUGCAGCGGCUGGUGCUGGAGCUGGAGGAGCAGGCGGAUAUGGUAGAUACGGCGGCGGACCUGGAGCAGGUGCAGGAGCAGGAUCUGGUGCCGGAGUAGGUGGAGCAGGCGGAUAUGGACUAGAAGCUGGUGCAGGUGCAGGAGCAGGCGCUGCUGCAGCGGCUGGUGCUGGAGCUGGAGGAGCAGGCGGAUAUGGUGGAGGAUACGGAGGCGGAGCUGGAGCCGGUGCAGGAGCAGGAUCUGGUGCCGGAGCAGGUGGAGCAGGCGGAUAUGGACGAGGAGCUGGUGCAGGUGCAGGAGCUGGCGCUGCUGCAGCGGCCGCUGCUGGAGCUGGAGGAGCAGGCGGAUAUGGUGGAGGAUACGGAGGUGGAUCUGGAGCAGGAGCAGGCGCUGCUGCAGGAGCUGGUGCCGGAGCAGGUGGAGCAGGCGGAUAUGGACGAGGAGCUGGUGCAGGUGCGGGAGCAGGCGCUGCAGCAGCGGCUGGUGCUGGAGCUGGAGGAGCAGGCGGAUAUGGUGGAGGAUACGGAGGCGGAGCUGGAGCCGGUGCAGGAGCUGGUGCCGGAGCAGGCGCUGUUGCAGCGGCUGGUGCUGGAGCUGAAGGAGCAGGUGGAUAUCGUGGAGGAUACGGAGGCGGAGCUGGAGCCGGUGCAGGAGCAGCGGCUGGAGCUGGUGCCGGUGCAGGUGGAGUAGGCGGAUAUGGACGAGGAGCUGGUGCAGGUGCAGGAGCAGGUGGAGCAGGCGGAUAUGGACGAGGAGCUGGUGCAGGUGCAGGAGCAGGCGUUGCUGCAGCGGCCGGUGCUGGAUCUGGAGAAGCAGGCGGAUAUGGUGGAGGAUACGGAGGUGGAGCAGGAGCAGGUGCAGGAGCAGGCGCUGCUGCAGGAGCAGGCGCUGCUGCAGGAGCCGGUACCGGAGCAGGUGGAGCAGGCGGAUAUGGACUAGGUGCAGGUGCAGGAGCAGGCGCUGCAGCAGCGGCUGGUGCUGGAGCUGGAGGAGCUGGCGGAUAUGGUGGAGGAUAUGGAGGUGGAGCUGGAGCAGGUGGAGCAAGCGGAUACGGACGAGGAGCUGGUGCAGGUGCAGGAGCAGGCGCUGCAGCAGCGGCUGGUGCUGGAGCUGGAGGAGCAGGCGGAUAUGGUGGAGGAUACGGAGGCGGAGCUGGAGCCGGAGCAGGCGCUGCUGCAGCGGCUGGUGCUGGAGCUGGAGGAGCAGGCGGAUAUGGUGGAGGAUACGGAGGCGGAGCUGGAGCCGGUGCAGGAGCUGGUGCUGGUGCAGGAGCAGCAGCAGCGGCUGGUGCUGGAGCUGGAGGAGCAGGUGGAUAUGGUGGAGGAUACGGAGGCGGAUACGGAGGCGGAGCCGGUGCAAGAGCAGGAGCUGGUGCUGGAGCUGGAGGAGCAGGCGGAUAUGGACGUGGAGCUGGUGCAGGUGCAGGAGCAGGCGCUGCUGCAGCGGCUGGUGCUGGAGCUGGAGGAGCAGGCGGAUAUGGUAGAUACGGCGGCGGACCUGGAGCAGGUGCAGGAGCAGGAUCUGGUGCCGGAGUAGGUGGAGCAGGCGGAUAUGGACUAGAAGCUGGUGCAGGUGCAGGAGCAGGCGCUGCUGCAGCGGCUGGUGCUGGAGCUGGAGGAGCAGGCGGAUAUGGUGGAGGAUACGGAGGCGGAGCUGGAGCCGGUGCAGGAGCAGGAUCUGGUGCCGGAGCAGGUGGAGCAGGCGGAUAUGGACGAGGAGCUGGUGCAGGUGCAGGAGCUGGCGCUGCUGCAGCGGCCGCUGCUGGAGCUGGAGGAGCAGGCGGAUAUGGUGGAGGAUACGGAGGUGGAGCUGGAGCAGGAGCAGGCGCUGCUGCAGGAGCUGGUGCCGGAGCAGGUGGAGCAGGCGGAUAUGGACGAGGAGCUGGUGCAGGUGCGGGAGCAGGCGCUGCAGCAGCGGCUGGUGCUGGAGCUGGAGGAGCAGGCGGAUAUGGUGGAGGAUACGGAGGCGGAGCUGGAGCCGGUGCAGGAGCUGGUGCCGGAGCAGGCGCUGUUGCAGCGGCUGGUGCUGGAGGAGCAGGCGGAUAUGGUGGAGGAUACGGAGGCGGAGCUGGUGCAGGUGCAGGAGCAGGCGCUGCUGCAGCGGCCGCUGCUGGAGCUGGAGGAGCAGGCGGAUAUGGUGGAGGAUACGGAGGUGGAGCUGGAGCAGGUGCAGGAGCAGGCGCUGCUGCAGGAGCUGGUGCCGGAGCUGGAGGAGCAGGCGGAUAUGGACGUGGAGCUGGUGCAGGUGCAGGAGCAGGCGCUGCUGCAGCGGCUGGUGCUGGAGCUGGAGGAGCAGGCGGAUAUGGCAGAUACGGCGGCGGACCUGGAGCAGGUGCAGGAGCAGGAUCUGGUGCCGGAGCAGGUGGAGCAGGCGGAUAUGGACGAGGAGCUGGUGCAGGUGCAGGAGCAGGCGCUGCUGCAGCGGCCGCUGCUGGAGCUGGAGGAGCAGGCGGAUAUGGUGGAGGAUACGGAGGUGGAGCUGGAGCAGGUGCAGGAGCAGGCGCUGCUGCAGGAUCUGGUGCCGGAGCAGGUGGAGCAGGUGGAUAUGGACGAGGAGCUGGUGCAGGUGCGGGAGCAGGCGCUGCAGCAGCGGCUGGUGCUGGAGCUGGAGGAGCAGGCGGAUAUGGUGGAGGAUACGGAGGCGGAGCUGGGGCCGGUGCAGGAGCUGGUGCCGGAGCAGGCGCUGCUGCAGCGGCUGGUGCUGGAGCUGGAGGAGCAGGCGGAUAUGGUGGAGGAUACGGAGGCGGAGCUUAUGCAGGUGCAGGAGCAGGCGCUGCUGCAGCGGCCGCUGCUGGAGCUGGAGGAGCAGGCGGAUAUGGUGGAGGAUACGGAGGCGGAGCUGGAGCAGGUGCAGGAGCAGGCGCUGCUGCAGGAGCUGGUGCCGGAGCAGGUGGAGCAGGCGGAUAUGGACGAGGAGCUGGUGCAGGUGCGGGAGCAGGCGCUGCAGCAGCGGCUGGUGCUGGAGCUGGAGGAGCAGGCGGAUAUGGUGUAGGACACAGAGGCGGAGCUGGCGCCGGUGCAGGAGCUGGUGCCGGAGCAGGCGCUGCUGCAGCGGCUGGUGCUGGAGCUGGAGGAGCAGGCGGAUAUGGUGGAGGAUACGGAGGCGGAGCUGGAGCCGGUGCUGGUGCAGGAGCAGCAGCAGCGGCUGGUGCUGGAGCUGGAGGAGCAGGUGGAUAUGGUAGAGGAUACGGAGGCGGAGCUGGAGCCGGUGCAGGAGCAGGAGCUGGUGCUGGAGCUGGAGGAGCAGGCGGAUAUGGACGUGGAGCUGGUGCAGGUGCAGGAGCAGGCGCUGCUGCAGCGGCUGGUGCUGGAGCUGGAGGAGCAGGCGGAUAUGGUGGAUACGGAGGCGGAGCUGGAGCAGGUGCAGGAGCAGGAUCUGGUGCCGGAGCAGGUGGAGCAGGCGGAUAUGGACGAGGAGCUGGUGCAGGUGCAGGAGCAGGCGCUGCUGCAGCGGCCGCUGCUGGAGCUGGAGGAGCAGGCGGAUAUGGUGGAGGAUACGGAGGUGGAGCUGGAGCAGGAGCAGGAGCAGGAGCUGCUGCAGGAGCUGGUGCCGGAGCAGGUGGAGCAGGCGGAUAUGGUCGAGGAGCUGGUGCAGGUGCGGGAGCAGGCGCUGCAGCAGCGGCUGGUGCUGGAGCUGGAGGAGCAGGCGGAUAUGGUGGAGGAUACGGAGGCGGAGCUGGAGCCGGUGCAGGAGCUGGUGCCGGAGCAGGCGCUGCUGCAGCGGCUGGUGCUGGAGCUGGAAGAGCAGGCGGAUAUGGUGGAGGAUACGGAGGCGGAGCUGGAGCCGGUGCUGGUGCAGGAGCAGCAGCAGCGGCUGGUGCUGGAGCUGGAGGAGCAGGUGGAUAUGGUGGAGGAUACGGAGGCGGAGCUGGAGCCGGUGCAGGAGCAGGAGCUGGUGCUGGAGCUGGAGGAGCAGGUGGAUAUGGACGUGGAGCUGGUGCAGGUGCAGGUGCAGGAGCAGGCUCUGCUGCAGCGGCUGGUGCUGGAGCUGGAGGAGCAGGCGGAUAUGGUGGAUACGGAGGCGGAGCUGGAGCAGGGGCUGCUGCAGGAGCUGGUGGAGCAGGCGGAUAUGGACGAGGAGCUGGUCUAGGAGCUGGUGCAGGUGCUGGAGCUGGAGGAGCAGGCGGAUAUGGUGGUGGCUAUGGAGGCGGAGCUGGAGCCGGUGCAGGAGCAGGAGCUGGUGCCGGAGCCGGUGGAGCAGGUGGAUAUGGACGAGGAGCUGGCGCAGGGGCAGGAGCAGGCGCUGCAGCAGCGGCUGGUUCUGGAGCUGGUGGAGCCGGCGGAUAUGGUAGUGGAUAUGGAGCCGGUGCAGGAGCAGGGGCUGCUGCAGUAGCUGGUGGAGCAGGCGGAUAUGGACAAGGAGCUGGUGCAGGUGCAGGAGCAGGCGCUGCCGCAGCGGCUGGUGCUGGAGCUGGUGGUGCCGGUGGAUAUGGUGGUGGAUAUGGAGGAGGAUCUGGAGCAGGCGCAGGAGCCGGGCUGCUGCAGGAGCUGGUGGAGCAGGCGGAUAUGGACGAGGAACUGGUGCAGGUGCAGGAGCAAGCGCUGCCGCAGCGGCUGGUGCUGGAGCUGGUGGAGCCGGCGGAUAUGGUGGAGGAUACGGAGGCGGAGCUGGAGCCGGUGCAGGAGCAGGCGCUGCUGCAGCGGCUGGUGCUGGAGCUGGAGGAGCAGGCGGAUAUGGACGUGGAGCUGGUGCAGGUGCAGGAGCAAGCGCUGCAGCAGCGGCUGGUGCUGGAGCUGGUGGAGCCGGCGGAUAUGGUGGUGGAUAUGGAGCCGGUGCAGGAGCAGGAGCUGGAGCCGGCGGAGCAGGUGGAUAUGGACAAGGAGCUGGCGCAGGGGCAGGCGCUGCAGCAGCUGCUGGUGCUGGAGCUGGUGGUGCCAGCGGAUAUGGUGGUGGAUAUGGAGGAGGAGCUGGAGCAGGUGCAGGAGCAGGGGCUGCUGCAGGAGCUGGUGGAGCAGGCGGAGCAGGUGGAUAUGGACGAGGAGCUGGUGCAGGUGCCGGAGCAGGCGCUGCAGCAGCGGCUGGUGCUGGAGCUGGCGGAGCCGGCGGAUAUGGUGGUGGAUAUGGAGGAGGAGCUGGAGCAGGCGCCGGAGCAGGGGCUGCUGCACGAGCUGGUGGAGCAGGCGGGUAUGGACGAGGAACUGGUGCAGGUGCAGGAGCAGGCGCUGCCGCAGCGGCUGGUGCUGGAGCUGGUGGAGUCGGCGGAUAUGGUGGUGGAUAUGGAGCCGGUGCAGGAGCAGGGGCUGGUGCCGGAGCUGGUGGAGCAGGCGGUUAUGGAGGCGGGGCAGGUGCAGGAGCUGGUGGAUAUGGAGGAGCUGGUCUUGGAAUUGGCGCAGGAGGAGCUGGCGGGUAUGGUGCUGGUGCUGGUGCAGGAGCAGGAUCAGGAAGUAUUGGAGGAUAUGGAGGUGGCUAUGGUGCAGGAAUUGGAGCAGGAACAGGCAGCGCGGCAGGAGAUGCGUUCGCACAGGCCUUUAGUCAGAAUAUGCUAUCAUCUGGUGUUAUAACCUCUGAAACAAUAACUACCUCUUCUGCCCAAGCCGCCGCUUCUACGAUGGCGACAACUGCCGCGAGAGGCAUGGGUUUGGAUGACGCUACAGCUAAUUACUUGUCGAACACAUUGGCCAGUAUGGCUGCUUCUAUGGCACAAGCUUCG